GGCUUGCUGCAGCAGACCGAGAACUUGCAGGAAAAAGGGCGGCUGGAAGACGCAUUGAACAUAGCACGAUGCAGCACUUGCGCAUACACCCUGCUUCAAGGCAGUGGUUAUAUUGAAACAUAUCAUAUAUUGAACAUGCAGUAAAUGCAGAUUCUUUUUACAGACAUUCUAAAAUGCUAUGUUGACGACAGAGGGGAGUUAUCCUUAUUUGUUUUGCAGUUCAAAGUCGCAUUGAUCGCCUUGCAACCUCAAGUGCAAUUUGGGACACUGAAGUUCUUUGAAACGCAUGAAGCCCAUCCUGCUCUAUGCAUCUGCCGAAGAGAUUUGUAGGCUACGUUGUGGUGUCUUAUUAAGGCGAAGUCUACAGGCUUCCAUAAAUCAUUCCUAAAGAAUCAUGUCAUCCCAUAUGAGAGUCAAGAAGGACAAGGAGAUUAUUGGGGAUUACGAGACUCAAGUGAAAGAGAUCCGUAACCAAUUGGUGGAGCAGUUCCGUUGUCUUGAACAGCAGUCGGAAUCCCGGCUACAGCUGCUGCAGGACCUGCAGGACUUCUUCCGCCGCAAGGCCGAGCUGCAGCUGGAGUACUCUAGAGGCCUGGAAAAACUGGCUGAGCGCUUCUCCGCCAAGAUACGCUCCUCCAGGGAACACCAGCACUUUAAGAAGGACCAGAACCUGCUGUCGACAGUGAACUGCUGGUACCUCGUUCUGAACCAGACGAGGAGAGAGAGCAGAGACCAUGCUACCCUCAGCGACCUCUACAACAAUAACGUCAUUGUCCGCCUAGCACACGUCGGAGAGGAUGUCUUCAGACUCUUCAAGAAGAGCAAAGAAAUCGGGGUGCAGAUGCACGAGGAGUUAGUGAAAGUCACGAACGAGCUCUACACUGUGAUGAAGACAUACCACAUGUACCACACAGAGAGCAUCAGUGCAGAGAGCAAGUUGAAGGAGGCGGAGAAACAGGGAGAAAAGCAGAUCGGCAAGGCCAAUGAUGUCAGCACCAGCCUCCUGCGCCAUGACGACCGCCAACAGCGACGCAGCUCCGUCAAGAAGAUGGAGAAGAUGAAGGAGAAGAGACAGGCCAAGUACUCUGAAAACAAGCUGAAGUGCACUAAGGCACGGAAUGACUAUAUGUUGAACCUGGUGGCAACCAAUGCUCUGGUGGCCAAAUAUUACAUCUACGAUGUCUCUGACAUGAUAGACUGCUGUGACCUGGGCUACCAUGCCAGCCUGGCACGGACCCUGAGGACCUACCUGUCUGCAGAGUACAGCAUGGAGACAUCCCGCCACGAGGGCCUGGACCAGCUGGAGGGGGCUGUGGAUGCCAUGGAUGUCAGGGGGGACAAACACAGGGUCAUGGACAUGCACAGCCAGAUCUUCUGCCCGCCCGCCCGCUUCGACUACCAGCCACACAUGGGCGACGAGGUGUGUCAGGUGAGUGCCCAGCAGCCGGUGCAGACAGAGCUCCUGAUGCGUCACCACCAGCUCCAGUCCCGCCUGGCCACACUCAAGAUCGAGAACGAGGAGGUGAGGAAGACUCUGGAUGCCACCAUGCAGACACUGCAGGACAUGCUGACGGUGGAGGACUUUGAUGUGUCUGAGGCUUUCCAACACAGCCAGUCCACUGAGUCGGUCAAGUCUGCCUCGUCCGACUCCUACAUGAGCAAAGUCAACGUUGCUAGGAGACGAGCCAAUCAACAGGAGACCGAGGGCUUCUACUUCACUAAAUUCAAAGAGUACCUGAAUGGCAGCAACCUUAUCGUGAAACUACAGGCCAAGCAUGAUCUACUGAAGCAGACUCUGGGAGAAGGGGAAAGGGCUGAAUAUGGAACAACACGUUCAUGUGUAUCUGCACACCCUUCACCAACCUCCUCCUCCAUCAUCAGCCCCCCCACUCUUCCCGCUAAACCCAGGAGAAUGCGGAAGCCUAGACCUUGCUCCGUUUUUAAUCAUAAACUCUUUAACGGCAAUAUGGAGGCCUUCAUCAAGGACUCAGAGCAGGCUAUACCAGUGGUGGUUGAGAGCUGUGUCCGCUACAUCAAUCUAUACGGCCUUCAGCAGCAAGGCAUAUUCAGGAUUCCCGGCUCCCAGGUCGAAGUCAACGAUAUAAAAAAUUCUUUUGAGAGAGGUGAGGACCCAUUGGUCAACGACCAGAGUGACCAUGACAUCAUGGCGGUGGCGGGAGUUCUGAAGCUGUACUUCAGGGGGCUGGAGAACCCACUGUUCCCCAAGGAACACUUCCUCGACCUCAUGUCUACCAUCAAACUAGACUCUGGUGCAGAGAGAGCUCAUCACCUUCAGCAGAUCGUUGUAACUCUUUCUCACCCCGUCAUCAUCGUCAUGAGAUAUCUGUUUGCAUUCCUCAACCAUCUAUCCCAGUACAGUGAUGAGAACAUGAUGGAUCCCUAUAACCUGGCUACCUGCUUCGGCCCGACUCUGAUGCCCAUACCUGAUGGUCACGAUCCUGUGGCCUGUCAGACACACGUUAAUGAGGUCAUCAAGACCAUCAUCAUCCACAACGAGGUCAUCUUCCCGAGCCACCGUGAGCUGGACGGACCGGUCUAUGAGAAGUGCAUGGCUGGAGGAGAGGAGUACUGUGACAGUCCCCAAAGUGGGCCAGGUGCCAUUGAUGAAGUGGACAAUGGUACAGGACCUCACACCAGUGAUGAUGAACUGGAGCAGAUCGAGGCCAUCGCUAAGUUUGACUACGUGGGGCGUACUCCCAGAGAGCUGUCCUUUAAGAAGGGGGCAUCACUGCUGCUGUACCUGAGAGCCUCUGAUGACUGGUGGGAGGGACGACACAACGGAGUGGACGGACUCAUCCCACAUCAGUACAUUGUGGUGCAGGACAUGGAAGAUGCGUUCUCAGACAGUCUGAGUUGGAAGGCUGAGAGUGAGGCCAGUAGUGGACCCCACCAGGAGGACAGAGACCGAACCUCAUCCAGGAACCGUGACCGAAGCUCCCCCUGCGAACACAGACAACAUACCCCUGAACACCACUAUGGAGAUGCUCUUGGAAGGGUGAGGGUUCGUUCAGACAGUGCUGUUAUCCCUCACCACAGGAGCACCGCCGACACUCACAGCCCCACCCGAGGUAUGGACACGCCCCCUAGGGUCAUGCCCCGCCCCUGCAGCCCUCACAAGAUGGCUGUCAGCAGGGGCCGCAUGGACAGUCCAGAGAAACGCCAUCUCAGCACGUUCAGCAGCACAGGAAGUAUCAACCAUCCAGAUAGAAAGUGCUUCCGUGAUGGCCCCACCCUCAGACCCUCCCCCGGCUCCACCCGCCACGGUAGCCUUGGCGACCAGAAAUCACUGGCAGAGGACAUAGAGAAGACCAUGAAUACCGCCCUGCAUGAGCUGUCUGAGCUUGAGCGGCAGAACGUGGCUAAGCAUGCUCCCGACGUGGUCCUGGACACCUUGGAGCCCCUGAAGCAGCAGCACCUCUCCUCCUGUGGGUCCAGACCACCCUCUGAGACCCCUGGCAGCCCCCUCCACACCAACACCAUGGCCAUCAGAGACCCUGACGCCGCCCUGCGCCGUAGCAGCAGUUCCUCGUCCUCCGAGACCAUGAGCACCUUCAAACCGGCUCUGACUGCACGGAGGCCCAUCGCCCCCCUCAGGCCGCCUCCGGUCAGACCCCUUCGGCCUGCUCCCAUCCACCUGGGACAUGGCCAGGGACAGGGGGGACAGGGGCAGCACAGGUCUAGUAGUUCCAGCUCCUCAGGCCUGGGAAGUCCAGCAUCUAUCACUCCCACAGACAGGGUGUUCCCCAAGGCUCCAUCCCCGUCCCCCUCCACUUCCUCCUCGUCCUCAGACAAACAGGGUCACAUGUAGCCUGGCUAAGCAGGCUGCUGCAGUCACAGAAAGAGCCCAGGAACUAUAGAGACAACUGACUGAGCAGGCUGCAGCACACAGCCACAGGUCAGGAUAGGCAUAUAGUAGUAAGAAUGGAGUAAGCUGCAGCCAUAGCCCUGUACAGGAGCUAUAGUAGUAACUGACUGGACAGGGCACUGUCUGAUCACAGCCACAUCCCAAGAGAUACAGUACAGAAGGAAGUGAUUCUGCAGACCACCGACUGAUUGCUCAUAAUCAGCAUCUUCUUCAUUUCCUUCUGGCUGUGACAACGGACACAUUGAGACCUUGUCUCUGUGGGAACAAUAUCGACCACUAACUAGUAGGAGGUUGGAUUCAACAUGUAGGAUGAAGGCUGAUUAAUUGGUUUAUUGACAGCCGGAUGUCCACCAGUAUUAACUGUCUGCUUGUCGGUUGAGAUUCUGAAUCACUCAGAAGAAACAUGAACUGUACUAUGAUAAUCAUUAUAAAGUAUGUUUCUACUCUCUCCAUUUGGCACAGAACUGCCACAGAACAAACCUGAUCAAAUGGAUGCACUGGAUAACGCUUUGUUUACUGUUAUAGCCAUCUGUGGUUGUAGCCUGCUAGUUUGUCUGAAUAACAAACCAUCUCAAACUGAAGUUUGGUGUUUUUGAGCUGGUAGUCUAAGACUAGCGCCUUCUUCGUCUGCAAAUAGGGAGACUUAAUACAAUCUUGAUCUGUCUUUCUCUCUCUCUUGCUCUCUCUCUCUUUCUGUUUCACUCUCUCUCUAUCUCUCUCCCCCAGAUUAGCCGUGGUACCUCAAGAAAAGAGCACACACCUUGUCAUGACUCGACCCAGUCUACUAAAGAUGCACUGAUCUGGUCUGGUCAUUUUCUAUGAGCCUGUACUAGUUGAUCCUGCAUACUGUGUGUGUAUGUCUUUAUAUUCUAUGAGCCUGUACUAGUUGAUCCUGCAUACUGUAUAUAUAUAUAUAUAUAUAUAUAUAUAUAUACAGUUACAUGUUUGAAGACAUAGGAGAAUCAACCCCUGACAGGGUUAGUUGUGCUGUUACAUGUGGACUGGAUCUCUUACUUGGUGAACUAGAUUGGAUUCUCAAUUCAGGCACAUUGUGUGUAACCACAGUUUUAUUAUAGUCCUGCUUUGGAGUUAUACAGUAUGUAGAUGGGCUUGCUUGCUUGGUGGUAUGUGUUCCUGUAUGUAUUAUAUGAGGGAUUAUUAUUCAGCAAAACACAUGUUUAAAGUGUUAUAGAUAUUUUGAAUGGAAAAUAAUAUGCAUAACGUUGAAAACUACCUGUAUGUAUGAAUAACAUGGUAUGCUAGAAACAGGAUAUAUAUUAUCAUUAACCUUGCAAAGGCAGGAACAGAACAAGAUAAUAAAUGUGGGGAAUCUGUAUCCGAAA